AUGUCUUCCUCACCAGACUUCAAGGGAUGGGUCGCUCACGACCCCUCCGCCGCUGAUGGAAACAUGCAAUGGGGUGACUACACCCCCAAGAACUUCGAGUCUACCGACAUCGAGAUGGAGAUCAGUCACUGCGGUGUCUGCGGCUCUGACAUUCACACCCUCCGCUCCGGUUGGGGCCCCUCAGACUACCCUCUCGUCGUCGGUCACGAGAUCAUCGGCAAGAUCACCCGUGUAGGAGACGAUGUCAAGGACCUCAAGGUCGGUGACCGCGUCGGUGUUGGUGCUCAGAGCGACUGCUGCGAGAGCUGCAGGCCCUGCAAGACCAAGCAGGAGAGCAACUGCAACAACUUCGUCAUGACCUACAACGCCAAGUACAAGUCUGGCGACAAGGCUAUGGGUGGUUACGCAAAGAACUGGCGUGGACCUGCUUCUUUCGCCAUCCCUAUCCCAGAGGGUCUGCCUUCAGAGUUCGCCGCUCCCCUCAUGUGCGGUGGUGUUACCGUCUACAACCCUCUUGUCUCAUACGGUGCCGGCCCAGGAAAGCGCGUCGGUGUCGUCGGCAUUGGUGGUCUCGGUCACUUCGCCCUUCUCUUCGCGAAGGCUCUCGGAUGUGACGAGGUCGUUGCCAUCUCCCGUUCCUCAAGCAAGAAGGCCGAUGCUAUGGAGCUCGGUGCUGACAAGUUCAUCGCUACUGGCGAGGACCCCGAAUGGAUGAACAAGAACGCCGCCGGCCUCGACAUCAUCAUCUCCACCAUCUCUGGUGGAUUCCCUCUCGACCAGUACCUCAACCUCCUCGACGUCAACGGUACUUUCGUCCAGCUCGGUGCUCCUGACGACCCAUUGCCCUCUUUCUCCCCCAUGGGCCUCAUCUUCAAGAACUUGAAGAUUGCUGGUAGCUUGAUCGGUACCAGGCAACACAUCCGCGACAUGUUGGAAUUGGCCAAGAAGACCAACCUGAAGGCUUGGGUCCAGGUCAGGCCCAUGUCGGAGGCCAACGAUGUCAUUGUCGACUUUGAGAAGGGCCUUCCCAGGUACCCCCCACAUAAUGCCUACGAACCAACAACGUCAGCGUCACUUCAAUCUCAGCCUACUGCUAUCCUCCAAGAACACAGACCGGAUCAUACUUGCCAGAUAUGCGCACAGUCAUUCCAGCAGCCAUCUAGAUUGAAACUGCAUUUGAGGAAACACGAAACGUACAAAUGUGAGCCUUGUGACACAUACUUUCAAGAUAGCAAGGAUGCUAGGAAAGACCUAGAACGCCACAAAAAUACCAAGGCACAUCGACGAAAUCUCGGUCUAGAGGUCAAUACGUCGCAAUUCGUGUGUCCGGUCGAGUGGUGCGCAAAGAGUAUGCCGCGCAAGGAUAAUCUGAAUCGGCACAUCAAGUCUCAGCACCCAGAUCACACGCAGUUGAAGUAG